AUGAUGCACGCCUCGGAAACUGAAAUCACAGAAGCUGGAAAACACAUCCGCUCACUCACCACCGCCCUGAACGAUGUCCUCUACGGUCAGGAAGAACUAAUCGAACUUGUAAUCACCGGCCUCCUUGCUCGCGGCCAUAUUCUUCUGGAAGGCCUGCCCGGCCUCGGAAAAACCGAACUGGUCAAAGGCCUCUCCAAAACGCUGGAACUUGAUACGAAAAGAGUGCAGUUCACCCCCGACUUACUCCCCGGUGACAUCACUGGUAACCCGGUGCUUCAGGAAAAAGAUGGCCAUCGAGAAUUUGUCUUCCAGCCAGGGCCACUCUUUACCAAUCUCGUCUUGGCAGAUGAAAUUAACCGCGCCUCUCCGAAAACGCAGUCCGCCCUCUUAGAGGCGAUGCAAGAACGUCGCGUCACCGUUCUUGGAAAAACCCAUGACCUUCCCGCUCCAUUUUUUGUCCUCGCCACACAAAACCCCAUCGAAUUAGAAGGAACUUAUCCACUGCCAGAAGCCCAACUCGAUCGCUUUCUUUUCAAACUCGAAGUCACAAAAAAUGAUGUGGGCACACUAGAGCGAAUCGUCAAUCAACGCGAACUCGGCACCGAGCCCGAAGUCAACUCCAUCAUGUCCGCCGAUACCCUGCGAGAAGUGCUGGAUCUCGUGCGCCGCAUCUAUCUUCCAGAAGUCGUCGCUAACUACAUUGCUCGCCUUGUUGAUGGCACCCAUUCCGGCCAAUCCGAAGCGGCCCGCCACAUUAAAUACGGAGCUAGUCCACGCGCCGCACUCUCCCUCGCUUCAGCGGCCAAAGCUCGCGCCCUCAUCAAUGAACGGGCGAAUGCCAGCUUCGAAGAUGUCAAAUUCUGCGCUCCCGCUGUUCUUCGCCAUCGCAUGGUGCUCGAAUAUAAUGCAAAAGUAGAGGGAUUCGAUGCCAACCAAAUUGUCCAAUCUCUCAUCGAGGAAACACCUUUCCAAGCCGGUGACACUCCAAAAUCACUCCAACCCGCCUAA